GAUUUGGGUAGUUGGGUUUCGAUAGGGAAGUUUUCUUCUUUCUCGGGGGUGAGUGCCUAGCUUCUCGGCUACUUUGAUUCCUUGUUCGGAAUUUGUCCGCGGAUGGAUAACUCUUCCGGCAAUGAUUUCUCGGUGGUAGUACUGGCAUCUGAUCUGGGCAUAGACGCGCGCCCUUUCUUGUCACCAAAUCAGCGAGAGACAGAGAUCGAGGAACACGAGGACUGGCACGAUUGCUCUCAGUAUCUCUCUCCAGAUGAAGACUUCUCUGAUCUCGAUUUGCUGCAGUUCUUUCGCCUCGAGGGCUACGAUAAGUCCGGAAACCGUAUUUUGCGCGUAGUGGGGAAGUACUUUCCCGCUCCAGUUGUCGGUGCAGAGAGACUGAAGAGGUAUAUCUUCCACAAAAUAUGCAGUGAGUUGCCCGAGGGGCCAUUUUGCAUUGUUUACAUGCAUAGUACUGUGCAAAAGGAAGACAAUUCUCCUGGCAUGACUAUCUUAAGGUGGAUUUAUGAAGAACUUCCAGCAGAGAUCAAAGACAGGCUUCAAGUUGUGUACUUCAUUCACCCUGGGAUUCGAUCAAGGCUUGCCUUUGCAACUCUCGGCCGCUUCUUCUUAAGUGGAAGCUUGUACUGGAAGAUCAAGUAUGUUAGCCGACUCCAGUACCUUUGGGACGACAUAAAGAAGAGAGAGAUCGAGAUUCCUGAAUUUGUGAAAAGCCAUGAUGAUGUUCUUGAGCAUAGACCAUUGACAGACUAUGGCAUUGAACCAGAUCCGCUCCGCUUAACUGAGGUGCCUUCCACAAUGGCAUACUCCUUUGGCAGAUAUGAAGAGAGAUUGCAAGCAAGAGAAUAUAUGUCUUAGCUCUGGUUAUCAUAUCAGUAACCAAUCCAGAGCAACAACUGAGAUGAAGAUUCUGCUGAAUUUGUGGGCUAUUAUAUGAAUACAAGAAUUGUAUAGUAUGGUGUUUGUAAGCCAAACAUACUUAGGUGCGUUUAACAAUAUAUUGUGAAAUCUGGAAUGGUCUCAUUUAGGACAAUUUUCAGACAAUUUGAGUACGAGAUUACUGAACGACCAUUUAUUUUAAUCUAUCUUGACCUUAAUACCCUAA